GUACAGUUUAUUCGAACAGUUUAUUACUUACAGAAUCUAACAGUUAAUACGUGUAAGAAUGGAUAAACGAAGAUUAAAGAAGAUGCCAAGUUUGCUUGGUCAGACCGGCACUUCUAGGCAGUCGGAAGGUAAUCAAGAUGAACUCUGUGGAACUAAAAAACAAAAACCAUUGAAAAAAGCAUCUAAAACCUGUGAAGACAACUUGACAGAUGAUUCUGGAGAUGAAUCUCCAGUUUGGUCCAGUUCGAAUAGAAAGAAAGGAAGGAUGCUGACUAGUACACAAAUGUCAGAAUCAAGAUAUGUGGAAAAUGUGAGUCAGCGUGCACGAUUAGCGAGUGCUUCGCCCGAGCGAGAAAUAUUUUCAGAAGAUUCGGAUGACAAUGGAACCUUUGUAACAAAAUCCAAGAAGAUGAAUAACAGUAAAACUCCUGCCAAAGCAUCAAAAAAAUUAACUGCUGUUAGCCCUGCUGUACCUAAGACUCCAGAAUCCAAACGUAAGAGAUUACACAAAAGCAGUUCUUCAGAGUCAGAAUGUACUCCAUCCGGUCCAAGUCGGAAAAGAAGAAUAAGUGCUAGAAUAAGUACUCCAUCUAAAGUAUCUGGUAAUAGUUCUGAAACUCGCUGUUCAGCUGAACGAGAUUCAGAAGAAGACAAGGAUACCGAAGAAUUUCAACCAGUCAGCAGAAAUCGAUUGAGCAGUGCAAUGAGGCAAUCCGCUGCGAAAAAAAUGACUACUCCCCGAAAAAGAAAAAAAAAUGAACGAAUUGGUAGGAACAAACCAGAUGCUAUAGGAGAUGAAAGUACAGAUGAUGACAUGUUUAACGAUGAUUCACCUAAAAAAGGUUCACAAAAGCAUCGGCAAAUGUCUCAGUCACAGUUAUUAGAUAGCCCUGUGAGGAGAAUGCGGAAAAACAACUGCAUUCUUGAACAAACGAAUUUAUCAAAGUCUCCCCAACAUUCCAGAAUGACUCGCAGUCAAAGUGUUAAGAAAUCAUCGAUAGAAAUAAAUGUGGCUAAUUAUAUGAAGAAGUUCCUGAAACAGGCUGGUAUCAUUAUUAUUGACGACAGCCCCAAUGAAUUACGUAAAACUCGCUGUGAUAUUGUUAAUAAUUUAAAUAAGUUACUGAGUUCAAAACAAUAUGAUAAAGAGGAAAUUAUCAAACAUUGGACACAAUACAUCGAGGAUGUAGAUAAUCUUCAAAAUGUAUUAGAACAAACUGUGAAUGAUAAUCAAGAUGUUUUAAUUGAUGAGAAUACUGAAUCUAUUGCACGAAUUCUACUACAUGUUCCACCACUUCAGACAAGCAUUUUUGUAUCGCUUUUGGACCGACUUGCUAUGGCUGUACUUGUUGAAAAAACGCCAAGCGAUGUUCCUUGGUCUGGUACAUUAUUACGACAAUUCAAAUUUUUGGAACAGAUUGUGGAACCUAACAUUCUUGUCGUAAAGCUUCAAGAAUUGUUGGAAUCGGCUCAAACGUGUUUUCAAAGUGAAAUAAUAUCGUACUUACCCGACAUUGUCAUUGAUGCCCAGCAUCAUACCAUUGGUGAAAUACUCAGUAAGCUUUUAGAUGACAACCCAGAGUUGACAGCGGUCAUUCUAGAUUGUAUAUCCCGUUUGACCCUGAGUAAAGACUAUUUGGGCAGAAUUAGAGAGAAGUGCUUUGAAUUGCUGCAACAGAAUUUAAAUUUGAGUGCUGUACCUACUAUAACAAGAUUUAUUUUGACCGAGUCAUCAAUGAUGGAAACUUGUAUAAAGGCCUUAAUGGCUAUUCGAUCCAUAGACAUGCAGCCACUUGCUGGUGAAAAUAUUGAGGAAUGUUUUACCAAUCAAGUUCUGACCGUUGCUGCCCUGAAAAGGUCAAGUCAAGUUUCCAAGCACAUAGCUGAUGCUGCAUUAACUGUUGUGCAACGUGUCAAGAAGGAUCCAAAACCACUGGACCUGAUUAUGUUGUUACUCAAUUUCUCGAGUAACAGUGCAAAAAAUAAGAACGUUGAGACUUUGGUGAAAAAUCGGGUCCGAUCCGGAUUUUACAGGCCCAGUUUAUUAAAAUCUCUUUAUUGCGAUUAUAAAGAGGUGGCUAGAGAUUUACAGUCAGUAGCAAUUACUCUGGCCUCUCAUCUAUUAAAAGCUGGUGAUCGUGUGUAUGCUGAAUUUGCAAUUGAAUGGUUUCGAUUAUUAUUUCUAAGUCAAGCCGAAACUGUUCACAAGCAACAAGAAGUCCUUGCAAAAAUUAUCAAAUUAACUAUGGCUGGAACAGCAACAUCAAAAAAUGCCCUUGCAAUUCUCAGUAAGAUGGCACGUGAUGAAAACGAACGGAAACAUUUACAAAAACAUUCCCAUCAUCUAAGGACUCUUCUUGAAGAAGUUGAUGAACUCGACUUGGAAGGGGUUGCUACUGUCAGCGAUUUGUUACAUGGUUUAUGCAUGAGUUCCAAUUCAACGUCAGAAGCACUGCAAGCUGACUUGGAUAUCGUUCUGUUGAAACAACUGGCUGCUUCAAAACCAGUGACCAAGUGCAAGGGUGUCUUAGGAGCACUAAUGGCUAUUAAACAUGCAGCAGCAUAUCCAAGGACCGUGGAACGUGCAUUAGAAUUAUUUGAGCAAGCAAUAAAGGCUGUGAAGAGCUGUUCCAGGGCUAGGGCCUUGUUUUAUGACCAAAUGGCAGAUAUUAUUGCAAAUACCCCAGACUUUGAUGAAAAACUUUUGAAGGAAACUAUCACGGAUCAUUUUACAGCUGAGUUAUCUGAUCUCUAUCUCACAAAACUGACAGAGUAUAGUGGACCUUUGUCGGCGCAGUUCUCACUUAAUUCUGAAGCGGAACCACCUGUGGAUGAUGAAUUUGGUGUGAGUUUUGGUGAUGGAAAAGACGGUUCAGCAGUGUCGGGCUUAUUUCGGCUUAUCAAAGCUUGCCACAUGAGAGGAAGUGAUGGUGACCUAUCAUUGAUUGAUGGUCUAUUGGCAUGCCCAGUUUUCCUACCGAAAGAUCUCAACGACCUGGAUGAAGCAUCACUGGAUCAAAUUUUUCAUUGCAUCAAUUGGUUCAGAGAAAUAAUUAGUGGCUUUGUAACUCAAACAGACAGCACUAUGCAGCGAAUUUUACUAAAACGGUUGGAUCACUUAAUGAAUCUCCAAGCUGAACUAAGCAUGAAUUUAGCAAUGACUGGAUGCCACUAUCAACCACCAGUAUGCUAUUUCCACUAUUUUCCAUCUCCACCGUUUGUCAAGGUCGAAAAAAAAACAGGAAAACGUGGUAAUAAAACCUCUCUAGACAAAUCCGGCAGUCUUUCUGAAUGGUCUUUCUGGGAAUCAGGUUUUGAUCUAAUUUCGAAGAACGCUGCUUAUUUCAGACAGCUAGAUGCAAAGAUAGCACAUCUUCUCGAUUUUUCGAUGGAAAUGAGGUUGACUCAAAGCAGACCAAAAACGAUCACAAUAGCUCAAGUAUGUUUUAUAGUUAAGGAACUCUUGGGAAUGUUGGAAAAUGAAGCUUCCCAUUCGUUUAUGAAAGAUUUGGUAGGAUUAUUGCCCAAGGUAUGUGGUAAGUUGGACCAGGUAAUAACUGAGUUACGUGAUAAAGAUGAUAGCCAGAAUAGAGAAUGCUUGCAAUUACUGUUGAGUCUUCUGGCAGCAAUUUUCAACUGGAAAGGAUUUCAUAACUUUGUGAAUAACCAAAUGCUGAGAGAGGCAUUAAGGAUUGUUGCAAGUCAGACUGAUGAAACUAACACCUUAUUGCGGUCCUGCAAAGAAUUGGUAACCCAAUCAUGUUCAUACGUUGAAUCAUUAGCUGACGUUGCUACGCGAAUUCCUGUUGCAAUUGCACUUGUUAAUUUGUAUCAAGCUUUGAUACAACAUUCAGAAAGUCUCGCUAUUCAACAUAGAGGAAAUUUGGCAAAAAUGGCGUUUGGAUUUUUGUGUCUUGAUUGGCCUGAAGAUAAGCGCAAUAUUUCAUCGUAUAAAUCUGCCAUUAAAAUUCUUUUGAAAAGUUGGCUCAACAAUGAACCCGAUCCCUUAGACACUGUGGUAGCACUGUUAAAGUGGUUGCCAGAAGAAACGGAGAAAUUGUCAAAACCUCAGGACUCCCUAGCUAGAAUACUUUCUAUUACCAAGAGCACCUUCAAUUUAUUGUUCAAACAAAUUUUUCUUGGAAUAAUCGAAGGCGUCAAGAAAUCUCUAGAUGUCGCUAAAAGAGAUGGCGAGAGAAUACAAAUUUGGAAUUCUGUUGCAACUGGUGUGCAAAAAAUUGUUCGAAUUUGUAAGAUGAUGGAGGUCAAGGCCAAUUCGCUCUUAUUUUUGCAACGUAUUCCUUUGUUAUUGAGGUUAUUCAUAACUUCUGGCAUGCCAGUUCUUGAGCACAACUUGAAAUAUCACGUUGAAGAAGUAACGGGGAUUGUGAAACAAUUGCAAGAAGGAACGAGGUAUCUCCAUGUUCUGUGUUGCCACAGCACAGUAACGGGUGACACGACUUUAGCCAAAUACGUUCCUGUUGCCAAAUCAACACUCGAGACAUUAGUCUUCAGUGUAAAAGGAAUGCUUGUCCUGAACAACAGUUCAGAGGCGUUUUGGAUGGGAAAUUUGAUAAACAAAGACAUAAAAGGACAAGCAAUUGAAAUGGAGCAGAAUACUGAAGAGUCAACCACUGUAUCAGUUGGUUCCAUAACAAAUGUGUCUGAAGAAUUGCUUACGGAUGGGACAGUUGAAAGUACAGAUGAGGAAAUCGAGUGAAUGGAGUUAUCUGAAUCCUUUCUCUUCUUUCAAUUUUCUCAUAAUUAGUUACAUAGUAUUUUUACUUAUGAGUUACAAUUUUGUUUUUAACUUUAAUCGAAGCUUAAUAUAAUAUUCAACCUUUUUUCUUUGAAAAAUAAUUUGAGCUACAAGUCUGGCAAUCCGUAAUAAGCUGAUAUAUACAAUAUCUGUUACUUAAAUAUCUGUAAUUCUGUCGUAAAAGUCUGUCUCUUCCACGACGCAUCUGGCAUUAAAGUUUCUUCCACAAAAGUGAGUCUAUUCAAUCCGUCCACCAUCAAUAUAGAGUGUGUUCUAGUUCCGUACUCUGCAUCCUGCAUAUGAACGAAAACUGAACUUAAAUCCUUGUACCACUUAGGAGCUCUACUUUCGAGUUCUGGGUCAGGCAAAUGUCUAAAGAAGGAAAGUUUUUACAUUAUAAUUUCUUAUUUUUUACAAGCUAACUUUGAAUUAUUGCUGUUUAGAAAUAAAUACAAAAGAGGUACUACUAUGUAAGUCAAUCGAUUUCUAUACUUUUCAUUCCAUUUGAGGAAUAGCAUGAUAUUUUCAAUUAUUUUGUCUUGGUCCAAAAUCUUUGCGUCCUGAACAAUAUUUUUGAAUCUUUCCUUCCCUGAUGUAACUUUUUUGAGAGGUCGACUCAUAGGGCUAUUGCCAAAACCUAAAAUGUUAUCUAGACAUUUUUCUGGUCCUUCAGAAUUCUCGGCGCUGCAUAGGAGAGAUACAUCAGUAUUCCUGACGAAAGAGUUUGUAUGUAAAUUGAAGCCGUAGUAAGUGAAAAGGCAUUCAUUUUUGUACUUGGCCUAACAUCACCAACACUUAUAAUGCUUGUGAUUGUCAUUACUGAUACAUAUCUUUUUUCUAACUCUAAAAAAUAGUUUGCCUACAAUAAAAAUUACGUUUCAUCAA